AUGCAUUUCUGUUUCUGUCUGUCUUUUCUUCAAUGCAUUUUGUUUCUGUCUUCUCUUUCUUUCAAUGCAUUUCUGUUUCUAUCUGUCUCUUCUUUUUUGCAUUUCUGUUUCUGUCUGUCUUUUCUUUUUUCUGUUUCUAUCUGUCUUUUUCUUCAAUUCUGUUUCUGUUUUCUGUCUGUCUUUUUCUUCAAUGCAUUUCUGUUUUAUCUGUCUUUUUCUUCAAUGCAUUUCUGUUUCUGUCUGUCUCUGCUUCAAUGCAUUUCUGUUUCUGUCUGUCUUUUCUUCAAUGCAUUUCUGUUUCUAUCUGUCUCUUCUUUAAUGCAUUUCUGUUUCUGUCUGUCUUUUCUUCAAUGCAUUUCUUUGUUUCUGUCUGUCUCUGCUUCAUGCAUUUUGGUUGUUUCUUUUCUGUCUUCUUUUUCUUCAAUGCAUUUUGUUUCUAUCGGUCUCUGUCUUCAAUGCAUUUCUGUUUCUUCUGUCUGUUUCUGCUUCAAUGCAUUUCUUUUUCUAUCUGUCUUUUCUUCAAUGCAUUUCUGUUUCUGUCUUUUUGCUUCAAUGCAUUUCUGUUUCUAUCUGUCUUUUUCUUCAAUGCAUUUCUGUCUUCUCUUUUUCAAUGCAUUUCUUUUCUGUCUGUCUUUUCUUCAAUGCAUUUUGGUGUUUCUAUCUUUUUCUUUUCUUUUUCAAUGCAUUUCUGUUUUAUCUGUCUCUUCUUUUAAUGCAUUUCUGUUUCUAUCUGUCUCUUCUUUAAUGCAUUUCUGUUUCUGUCUGUCUUUUCUUCAAUGCAUUUCUGUUUCUAUCUGUCUCUUCUUUAAUGCAUUUCUGUUUCUGUCUGUCUUUUCUUCAAUGCAUUUCUGUUUCUGUCUGUCUCUUCUUUAA